UGUAGUAGAUAUUGCAAUCUUGGAUUAAGCUGGAAAUCGUCGAGCUUGUUUGUGGAAUUAGGGUUUCUUUCAAAUGGGUCAAAAGGGGUUUCUGCUAAACCCGCAAAGCUCAAUGCUAGUAAAGUUUUUCGGGCUUGUGCUUCUUCUUCUUCCUCUGAUCCACUUUUGGUGAAGGCUGCAAGAAGAGAACGGGUGAGUCGCCCGCCUGCAUGGAUGAUGCGUCAAGCGGGAAGGUAUAUGGCUGUUUACAGAAAGCUUGCAGAGAAACAUCCAUCCUUCAGAGAGAGAUCAGAGACAACUGAUCUCAUUGUGGAAAUUUCUUUGCAGCCCUGGGAAGCUUUUCAUCCAGAUGGAGUAAUCAUCUUUUCGGAUAUACUUACCCCGCUACCGGCAUUUGGUGUCCAAUUUGACAUUGAAGAUGUAAGAGGCCCAGUCAUUCAGUCUCCCAUUCGUUCUGAAGAGGGAUUGAAAUCAUUGCACUCUAUUGACUUGGAGAAACUACAAUUUGUGGGAGACUCACUUAGGAUUUUGAGGAAGGAGGUUGGAGAGCAAGCUGCAAUUUUGGGUUUUGUCGGAGCUCCUUGGACAAUUGCUACCUACAUAGUUGAAGGAGGUACAACUCGUACGUAUACGAAGAUUAAGGACAUGUGCCAUACCGCUCCUCAUGUUUUGAGAGCUCUGUUAUCUCAUUUAUCAAAAGCAAUUGCUGAGUAUAUUGUGUAUCAAGUGGAGUCUGGAGCUCAUUGCAUCCAGAUAUUUGAUUCAUGGGGUGGACAACUCCCACCUCAUAUGUGGGACUGCUGGUCAAAGCCUUAUAUUGAUGAGAUAGUUGGUAUAAUUAAAAGAAAGUGCCCACAAACACCUCUUGUGCUCUACAUUAACGGAAAUGGUGGACUUCUUGAACGGAUGAAAACAACUGGAGUUGAUGUAAUUGGACUUGACUGGACAGUUGAUAUGGCAGAUGGAAGGAGGCGACUAGGAACAGAUAUUGGUAUACAGGGGAAUGUGGAUCCCGCUACCUUGUUUUGUCCUCUUUCUGCAUUGACAGAUGAAAUUAAAAGGGUUGUCAAGAGUGCAGGGACUAGUGGUCACAUCCUCAAUCUUGGCCACGGUGUGCUCGUGGGUACACCUGAAGAAGCCGUAGCUCACUUCUUUGAUGUUGCUAAGAGCUUCGAUUUUGACAAGGUUGAGGAUCAUGUAUCUGAGGCAGAUAAAGUUGUAGCUUGAAGACAACAAUUUUGUAAUGCAGGCUGGAAGUGAGCCUAGGAUGCUUGGUUCACCUUAGGUCCUUUAAAUUGGUAGAGGAGACUAAUGCUUGUGAAUAAACUAGCAUCUUUAUUUAAUCUUCUUUCUUCGAAAUAUCAAGCAAAUUUGUUAUAUUAUUAGUUAUUCUAUCAGAAUGGAAGUUGUCUUUGUGUGACAUAUAGGUCACGGAUUCAAGUUGUAGAAUCAAUCACUU